AUGUCCAUUAAAACCCUUUUCUCGAAACUAUGGCAGAAGAUUCCCGCUUUCACCCCGUACCUCUGGCGAACCAUCAAUGCGGCGGGAUACUUCGGAAAACUCGCCCUAGAAGACCGUUGUUACGUUAAUUUCGGGAAACCCGUGGUGUUCGUCCUGCAGUGCACCAACAUCUUAAAAAACCUCUCGGCCGUUAAUCAAGUGAAUCAAUACGACGUGGAGGAGAACAUCUCGCAUCUUAUGAGUCUGGCGAGAAUCGCCCUGGAAAAGGGCGAUACGGAGAGGGCCACCGCCAUUUUGGAAAUGGGCAUCAGGAUUUGCGAGGAGUACGGAGUCUACGUGGCGUUGCCCUACAUGUACGAUAUCUUAGCAUCGAUUUCUUUUGCUAUGGGAAAUAUGGAGAAGGCGGAGCAUUUGCUGGUCAGCGCCAUUGAGAAACUUGUCCAAAUUGGUGCGGGCGAGGACGAGAACCAAGUGGUGGAUUUCCAACUACGACUGGCCCGGAUUUAUAGCGCCUAUGAAAAAAAUGAGUUGGCAGAAAUCGGGUUUAGAGACUGCCUAAUGAAACAGAAGCAAAAGAUCCUCGAUGGUGAUACUUCUACGAAAACUGGCAUGCUUUAUGUUAACGUGCUGUUUUGGUAUGGGCUUCAUAAAAUCCACUCUAACGAGCACAAGAGCGCCAAGGAGUUCAUCACUUCCGCUUACGAUUAUUCAUUGAAAAUCAAAGGGUUGAGCCCGUAUCAGGAGAUGGUGAUUCUGUAUACUUUAGCUGACCUGCACAUGCAGUUGGGCGAGAACAAUUUGGCGUUGCAAAAUAUGACUAGUGCGAUUUUAUUGGGGAAGGGCAUAGGGAGCACCGACAUGCCCAGGUGCUACUUGAAGCUGGCUCAGAUUUAUAUGAAUCUGGACGCGUGGAAAAACGCCAAGGAGUCUUGCCAGGAAGCUAUUAAGUUGGGAUCGUUGUUUAAUGAUACGGUGGUAACUGGAGAGGCCGAGUUUACUAUGCAGAAAAUCGAUAAGAAGCUCGUUAGGUAG